AUGAUGCGCCAACACAUGCUCUCAAAAGAAGACGAGGCCACAAUCGGCAGCUCAGAAGACACCGAAGUCCGCCGCGAGGACCAAGAAAAGAUCAACCGCUUCAGUCGCCUUCACCAGCGCGAGACGGUUCUCAAUGAGAACAUGAAGGGGAAGCAGAAAGAUAAAGAGGAUCUAGAGGAAAUCUCAACGGAGCUAGAACUUGCCGACGAAGACGAACUAGUCCCAUACAAAAUCGGAGACGCAUUCGUCCAUCUCCCGCUAGAAGAAGCGCAGGGCCUUCUUUCCUCUUCAACGGAGCAGAUUGACUCUGAAGUCGCCAAGUUGGAGGAGACGCUAGGUGAUCUGCGGGAUGAGAUGCAACAGUUGAAGGUCGCCCUGUAUGCGCGGUUCGGGCGGAGUAUCAAUCUGGAGACCUAA